GGACCAGGGCUUAAAGGACGCGGGUGUGUGACGGGCCCCGCCCCGCUCUGCCCAGAAAGGAGUUGAGGGCGGAGAGAGAGUUCUCUCAGUACCCGCCGAGGCGGGGGAGCCGGUAGCCCCGGGAAAAGUGGGGACGCAGGUUAAUGAGGCCAAGCAACCGAGGCGGGACUCUGUCGGCCGUCGGGAGGCGCCAGCGAGGGGUGCCGCGGCGUCGCCGCCCCCCAGGACAGCCCCUUUUUCGCCCGAAGUCCGCGGAAGCGAGGCGGGGCCCAGAGGCCCCCGGGAAAUGGGGUUCUGGCCCUCGGUGCCGCGGCGGCGCCGGAGGGGCGGGGGCAGGCGGCCGGGGCGGGGCGGGGGUGGCUGGGGGCGGGGGCAGAGGCCGGCGGGGAGGGGACUGGAGGAGCUAGGGGCCUAGAGGGCUCCGCGAAAACUGUGCGAGGCUGGCGGCUGGCGUGCACUGGCCGGAGAGGAGCCCGGUUCGCGGAGCAGUCGGACGAGGCAGCGUAGGGGGCAGACAGACUGACUGCAGGGAGGGCCAGCAUGCCCCUACUGCUGCACCCCGCCCUGCCGCUGCUCCUGGGCGCCACGCUGACCUUCCGGGCCCUCCGGCGCGCGCUCAGCCGCCUGCCCCUGCCGGAGCACGUGCGCGCGGACCCCCUGCGCACCUGGCGCUGGCACAACCUGCUGGUCUCCUUCGCCCACUCCAUUGUGUCCGGGGUCUGGGCAGUGCUGUGUCUAUGGCAGACCCCCGAGAUGCUGGUGGAGAUUGAGACGGCAUGGUCGCUUUCUGGCUAUCUGCUCGCUUGCUUCUCUGCAGGGUAUUUCAUCCACGACACGGUGGACAUCGUGAUUAGUCGUCAAACACGAGCUUCUUGGGAAUACCUCGUUCAUCACGUUAUGGCCCUGGGUGCCUUCUUUGCAGGCAUCUUCUGGAACAGUUUUGUUGGUGGGGGUGUCCUAACAUUGCUGGUGGAAGUCAGCAACAUAUUCCUCACCAUCCGCAUGAUGAUGAAGAUCAACAAUGCCCAGCACCUCCUCCUGUACCGGGUCAACAAGUAUGUCAACUUGGUCAUGUACUUUCUCUUCCGCCUGGCCCCUCAGGCCUACCUCACCCACUUCUUCCUGCGUUAUUUGGGCCAGAGGACUCUGGGCACCUUUCUGCUGGGUAACCUGCUCAUGCUGGACAUCAUGAUCCUCAUCUACUUUUCCCGCCUCCUCCGCUCAGACUUCUGCCCUGGACAUGUCCCCAGCCAGCAACACAAAGACAAGUUUUUGACAGAGUGAGAGGACUGCAACUUGUGGAAAGAAGAGCAAACACCGCCAAGAACAGCCUCACCAUACAAGAGAAUUAGCCCCAAGUCUGGGGCAUCCUCUGAGGACAGGCUCUGCACCUAUUAUUGAAAAUGCUAAUGAAAGCACUCCUCUGAA